CCCAGAUCGCCGAUCGAACCAAAAAUUCGUCGCCGUCGCGAUCCCCAUUUUCCUCCAAUCGGAUCGACCGAUUUAGGGUUCCCAGCUCCCUUCGAUCGCUCGAUCUCGACCCAAUUUCCAAUCUCCCACUCCCCCCUCGUUCGAUCUCGCGGCUCCUCCGGUCCAAUCGCCGUCGCCGCCGCCUCCGCCGCCGCCGCCGGAACCCUAGGAAGAUGGGGAAGAACGAGUUCCUCACGCCCAAGGCCAUCGCCAACAGGAUCAAGGCCAAGGGCCUCCAGAAGCUCCGGUGGUACUGCCAGAUGUGCCAGAAGCAGUGCCGCGACGAGAACGGCUUCAAGUGCCACUGCAUGAGCGAGAGCCACCAGCGCCAGAUGCAGGUCUUCGGCCAGAACCCCCACCGCAUCGUCGACGGCUACUCCGAGGAGUUCGAGACUUCCUUCCUCGAGCACAUGAAGCGCAGCCACCGCUUCAGCCGCGUCGCCGCCACCGUCGUCUACAACGAGUACAUCCACGACCGCCACCACGUCCACAUGAACUCCACGCAGUGGGCCACCCUCACCGAGUUCGUCAAGUAUCUCGGCAAGACCGGCAAGUGUAAGGUGGACGAGACGCCCAAGGGUUGGUUCAUGACGUACAUUGAUCGGGAUAGCGAGGCGCUGUUCAAGGAGAGGCAAAAGAACAAGAGGAUUAAGGCGGAUAUGGUGGAUGAGGAGAAGCAGGAGAAGGAGAUAUUGAAGCAGAUCGAGCGGGCCGGGCAGUCGCUGCCGGCUGCCGCGGCGCCGGCCGAUGGGCCGGGGCCCGAACCCGCGAGGGAGGUGAAUUUAGAGAACGGCGCGAAGAUAGGAUUCUCGCUCGCGAAACAGGAGGUUAAAGAAAGAGGGGAGAGUUCCAAGUUGGUUUUCGAGGAGGCGGAGAACGGUAGGGGCGAGAAAAGGAAGGGCGGUCCGGGCGGCGAGCCGAAGAAGAGCACGGCGAAGUCCGCGCUCGAGGAGUUGAUGAAAGAAGAGGAGAAGAAGAAGGAGCGGUUUAACAGGAAGGACUAUUGGUUGUGUGAAGGGAUUGUUGUGAAGGUGAUGAGCAAGGCACUGGCUGAUAAAGGCUAUUAUAAGCAGAAAGGGGUUGUUCGAAAGGUGAUCGAUAAGUAUGUGGGCGAGAUCGAGAUGCUCGAGAACAAGCACGUGUUGAGGGUGGACCAGGAGGAGUUGGAGACCGUGAUUCCGCAAAUCGGGGGCUUUGUGAGGAUUAUAAAUGGGGCAUAUCGAGGCUCGACUGCGAGGUUGCUGGGGAUUAAUACGGAGAAAUUCUGCGCUAAAGUACAGAUAGAGAAAGGGGUCUAUGAUGGAAGGGUGAUUCCUGCUGUUGAGUAUGAAGAUAUAUGUAAAGUUGCACAAUGAGGUUGGUGCUUAGUGCUUAGAUAUGAUUGUUGAGAUAACUCUGAAUUUCUAUGAGUCAUCCAUCAAAAUCAGCUCCGUGCAAGGAAAAUGUCUGUGAUGAUAAUAAGCCCAAGAUUCUUGUGGAUUUGUAUAUGCCGGCUAACUUGUGAUUUAUGCAUCUUUGAAUCUUCGGCUGGAAA